UUAAAAGGGAGAGUCAAAGAAUUUAUUUUUUCUCUGGGAUUCCUUUUUUUUUUUUUUUAAACAAACUGUGAAAUGGCCAAGUGAUACUUUGGGGUUAGGCUUCAGCAGUGAGCAAUGUGACGCAGACUGUGAAUUGGGAAGAAACAGAUCUGUCUUUGGAGCACUGCUAAUCAAGGUCUGCUCAUCAGAUGGCACGGCUUUAUCUAGUCAGGGUUGUUCUGAAAUAAAUGCCAUUAUAUGAAAGACAUGAUGAAGAGAAGAUGAGUGAGGGAGCUAAUUACAUUAUUUUAGAAAACUGAGGGGUGGGGUUGGGGGGGCAUAUUACUUGAUCAUUUUGGUGUUUAAUUUGCAAAUGCGUUUCUCCUUUGCCCUGACUUGACUAAAAGGCAGUUUCCUGAAGAACUGUUGACUAGUCUUGCUCCUCCCAAUGGGUCUCCCAUUGGUACGCCUAUUCCCAGGUCAGAGGAAGAUUCUUCCCCCCUCUCUCUUCUUGACACUCCUCUCCUCUCCUUCUUAAGAGCUCUGAGCUCAAAGGGACAGAAGAACCAACAUGCAGGGAAUGGUAGCAAUGUGUGAGUAGUCCAUCCUUUUUAUAACUUUUUGAUAAAAUUUUUCUAAAUAAAUUUCUCAAAAAAUGAAAAUGUCUUCACCCCUUUCUCCUCCUUCAACUCAGCCAUGCUGAGGUCAGCAGAGCAUGCACAUGUUCAGAAAGGAUUCCAGCAGUUCCUUGAGUGAACGCAAGUCUCCCCUGAACGCAGUAGGCAUUACACAGAAGAAUUCCUGAUGUCCAAAUUUCCAAAAUACUCAAUUCAGUUUUUAACAAGUAGCAUCUGAGUUUCUAUGUCAUAAGGUAACUCUGGGGUGCUUACUUUAGUCAGUUCUUAAAGCUUUGUAUUUGUUCUCUAAGAAACUAGUCUUCCUAUUGCCUGGACAAUUACAGUUUCCAAGAAACAUGAGGAAGUAGAAAAAUGUAGAACCAAAGAGUAGUAUAAAGUAUCAAAUUAUCAGGUUUAUGUAUAUUAUAUAAAUAACUAUAAAUUUAGAUUUUUUUAGUCUUCUGUAUUCAGUUAUAAUUAGCAUACUUUUUCAUAAUUGAUGCUUAAGUGAUCACUUGAGGUCAUUGCUUUGGAGGGGGGUGGGGGAAAUUAAGGAGCCCUGGUGGCAUAGUGGGUGGCAUAGUUGGUUAAGCGCUUCGCUGCUAACCAAAAGGUCAGAGGUUCGAACCUACCAGCUGCUCCACAGGAGAAAGAUGUGGCAGUCUGCUUCUGUAAAGAUUUCAGCCUUGGAAACCCCAUGGGGCAUUUCUGCUCUGUCCUGUAAGGUCACUAUGAGUCAGAAUUGACUCGCUGGCAAUGGAUUUGGGCCAGGAAAAUAAGCCAAAGAAGCACUCUGAUGGAAGAGAAUCAGAGUUAGUUGUUUGAAAACUAGGUUGAUGUUGAUGUUCCACCCAAAACAAUAAUUGAAUGCUGGUGUGUGCUUGUCCCUAGAAAUAAAUCCUUGUUUAAAAAUUGAGUUUUGCCACUUCUGAAAGUUUCCCCCUAAAAAUCACUUUUGAUACAGCCUGACAAUCUCUGUUGUAACAGAAUUGUCUGCAAGGUGUGGUAAGAGAAACUGAAUCAUUACAGCAAGUUCCUCCUCCACUUAUCUGUUAUCCUUCGGUACUGUUCACAUUUUAGUUUCUCCAUAAUAUCAACUGUGUAUGUACUUUCUUGCCACUAUAGGAAACCCCAAUCUUUUUUUCCCCCCUCCUUCAAAAAGGUUUUCAGUGAUUAUACCUCAGGUAUUUUUGAGUAUCCUAUUAAAUAGUACGAGAAAUAUCUUUGUGAGCUCAGAACCUAAAGUUUUGUCUAUAAAAAAUAAUUUAAAAUUAUCGAUGAUCCCGAAUCAUAUGUAAAUAGUCUUAAGAGUGAGUCUUAGGGAGAAGUUAAUGACCAUUGUUAAAGUAGGUUUUAAAAAAUUUUGGUGCUGUAUGUCUUUCAUAUAACAUACAGCACAGACUUUGGCAAAGGAAGGAAAUAAGAUAGAAGCAGCUCAUAAGGGCCAAUUCUCGGUAUUCAAAUCUCACUAUUCCUUCUGGCCAUCUAGUACAUGACUAAUACUUGGUAGUUGCUAACAUUGAUUUUUAACUUCUGGAAAUUGGACUGUUAGUGUUUAACGGUCCACUUCUUUGAUGCCAGAUGCAUCAUGCCUGUGCUUUAAGGGCAACACAACAGCAGCAAAAAGUUGUACACGGAGUGGUUGUUGCAGAGCACAGCUGCCCAGGAGUGGGCAUCACUGCCCUCUGUGCCCUCAGGCAGGGAAACAGUACAGUUUGGUAUCUGGGACCUUGAAGUUUGUCAAACAGCUGUUUGUGCACCUCCCUUUGCUUUGUCAAAUGUAAAUCAGAUAAUAAACAUAAGUAUCUUCUUAAAUUUUUACUUAUCUGCCUGUGUUUUUGUCCCAGUACUUUACACAGAUAUAAACAACACUGCACUAGGUCUUUCCAUUAUGUUGUUUUGGGGUACAGAAAACAGCCUUUCUUUGUCAAACCAACACAUACAAAACAAAAUAACAGUAGACUUCAGAAGUUAACAGAUCUUCUUGUACUUUUUAGAUAUUAAAAAAUAAAUAGAAUAAACAGAAUGUUUCUGUAUACCAUAUUGUUUCCUUAGCAUAGUAACAUUACUGAAAAUAAAGUCUAAAGUUAUUGAUACACAGAUCAUAAGUUUUAGAAUAUUCAGGAAGUAUGAAGAGUUCUUUUCCUUUAGUCCACAAUUUGCUGUUGACACCCAUAGCUAUUUAGAAACUGUUUCCAAAACUAAAUUUGAAAACUGGUGGACUCUAAUAAAAAAAAAAAGGUCCUUAGAUAUUCUCUACCUUCACAAUUGAAUUGCUUUUUUUUUUUUUUUAAACUCAGCAUUGUGAACAUUUUGGGGGAAUAAAUGAAGUGUGAAGUUGUACUUCUUUGCUAUGAACUUUAGUGAUAAUCCUGGCAUCUCUGCUUUCUUUCAGAAAUGACCAUCAAUAGAUGUGUUUAAGCCCAAAAAUCCUUUGAUGAGGGUAAAGAUUUGGAGCUUUGGGCAUGCUAUUGACUUCCAUCUCUGUUUCCAUUAUAUUAAGUUUGAGUUAUGCUAGUAUCUAUAGUAGAUAUGUAUCUGUAGUAUCGGUAUCUAUGGUAGAUAUGUAUCUGUAAUAUCAGUAUCUAUAGUAGAUGUGUAGUAUUGGUAUCUAUAGUAGAUAUGUAUCUAUAAUAUCGGUAUCUAGUAGAUAUGUAUCUGUAGUAUUGGUAUCUAUGGUAGAUAUGUAUCUGUAAUAUCAGUAUCUAUAGUAGAUGUGUAGUAUUGGUAUCUAUAGUAGAUAUGUAUCUGUAAUAUCGGUAUCUAGUAGAUAUGUAUCUGUAGUAUCGGUAUCUAUGGUAGGUAUGUAUCUGUAGUAUCAGUAUCUACAGUAGAUAUGUAUCUGUAGUAUCAGUAUAGUAGAUAUAUAUCUGUAGUACCAGCAUCUAUAAUAGAUGUAGUGUAUAUCUGUAGUAUCAGAGUAUAUAGACUGUCCCUAAGGAACAUUCCUUAGCUUUGAAUAUUUACUCUGAUGAUUCCUAAGCUCUUUCUAGCCCAGACUCCUUUUCAGCUCCAGAAACAUGUAAUAAACUCUUCUGAACAUCAUCAGUUGGAUGUUUCCCUGGCACCUCAAACUCAACAUAUCUGGCAGGGAUUCAUGAUCUGCUCCGCAGAACAUGUUUAUCCCCCAGGCUUUUCAUCUCAGUAAAUGGCACCACCUACUCGGUUGCUUAAGCUAGAAACCCAGAACUCAUCAUUGCCUUCUUUUCAUCCUGACAUCCCAUCGCCAAGUAUUAUUGCUUCCUCUUCUUUCCAUUCCCAGUGCUGCAUCUUCAGUAGAGGCUACCAUUUGUCUCAUCGGACCACUGCAACAAACUCCUCACUGGUUUCCUUUCCUCCUGUCUUGGCCCUUCCAAUUUUUUUCUACAUUGCAGUCAGAAUGACCUAAUAUGCAGAUCUAGAGCAGAGAGCUCUGAGCCAAUGAUUAAAACUUGUGUGACCCAUUGUUACUGCAAAUUGUGGAUUCAAGCCACCUGCCACAAGCCAAUAGUGAGACAGGAGGAGGUAAGCAGCAAGAGGGCUUUAUUGAACACCGUGUUCAAGAGACAGAGGGGGCAAAGUUUACCCCAGAUUCUGUCUGCCCCAAGAGGGCUACAAAAGAGUUUUAUAGGGAGAAGGUCAGGGUUUAGAAAUUCCCAGGAAUGUUGAUUCUUCUUUGAUGGGGACGUAAUGACCAAGUGACAUUGUUGACGUCUUGCAGGCCUCUUUACGCCAUCCUGGUUUUGGUCACAAGAUGGGUCCGGGUUUUGCUCAAUUAUCUCGGGUCCUGAUGGUAUCGCUCAUUGUUUUUGUCAUCUCAGAGAGAAACAUGGUUUAAUCAACAAUGAAAAUCUUGAUUACCUUGUUUUUCUACAACGGAAUUUGUUUUUCUACAAUGGAACAAUUGUGAGACAGAUUCCAGAGCAAAUAAUCGAUGUUUUCAAAGACUAAAGAUUUUAAUCACAGCUUAUACAGCUAAACUAGAAAAUAUAUUCUCUCUUAUUUUAAUACUAAAACACUACAAAAAAUGUAUUUUCUCUCCUUCACCAUUAGAUUAGAAAUCUCUGCUAUGAACUCCCACUGCAGCUGCUGAAUCCCCUAAUAUAAGAUCCAUUGUGUCUUUAUUGAAUUUACUCAUCUCUAAGCUCUGUUGAAGACAGGAGCUGAGCUGUACCUUGCACACCUAUCAACAGUGCCUGGCACACAGUAGACAAUAAAUGAGUUGAACGAGUGGAUAAAUUUAUAACUGUUGUUAUAAACUUGUUUGUGACCCACCAGUGGGCCAUGAAAUCAAUCUAGUGAAUUGCAAUCAGCUUUCGUUUUAAAAAGAAAAGGAAAUGGAAGAGAAGAGCAAGUCAUAAGUGGUGUAUUAUUGCAUAGAACUUUUAUAAAUGUGUAAAAUAUAUCUCUUAUAAUGAGCUACAGUAAAAUAAAAAAGAAAGCCACUGGUCUAUAAUAAACUAGGUAGAUGAUUGAUUGAUAGUGCUGUCAACUCCAACUCACGGCGACUUUGUGUACAACAGAACGAACUUUUGCUCAGUCCUACAUCAUCCUCACAAUCACUGGUUUGUUCGAGUCCAUUAUUGUGGCUACUAUGUCAAUCCAUCUUACCAAGGGUCUCUCUCACCCUCACCGUCCCCUGCUUCAGCAAACAUGAUGCCCUCCUCCAUCAACUGAUCUCUCCUGAUGACAUAUCCAAAGCAAGUGAGCCAGACAAUGUUCUGUUGUAAUCUAUAAAGUUUUCAUUGCCUAAUUUUUGGAAGUAGAUCACCAGGUCUUCCUAGUCUGUCUUAAUCUAGAAGCUCCACUGAAACCUGUCCCCAUGGGUGACCCCGUUAGUAUCUGAAAUACCAGUGGCAUAGCUUCCAGCAUCACAGCGACACGCCAGCCUCCAAAGUGUGACAAACUGACAGGUGGUGGAAUCUGUUAUGAGUAUUUUUUUUGUAUAGUGAAAAAAAGCAGCUUUAUUUAGGAAAAAAAUCUAAAACUCUUGGUGACUGAAAAAGACCCCUGCCGUGGGAUUUUUUUACUUCUACAGAUUUUAAAGCCUUAUUAAAUUCAAGGGGAAAAGUGCCUGCUUUAGACUUUCAGGUUUCUGUGAAAAAUUGGUAGAGGCACUUAAAAUCUGUUAAGAGAUUCUGUCUGGGAACUAUUACCAUAGGCCAGUUAGUCCUAAGAGUGCUAUUUAAUUCUAUUUCCUCUAAAAAUCUAUUAAGUUUGUUUUGCCUCAUGGCUGGUGGUGAAAGUCGAAACCAGAGUCAGGAGUGUAAAUUCCUUGCUGUCGAGGGUGGUCACUGAUUUGGACCUUGGAGAAUUUCUUAACUGGCUGCGUCUCCAGCUUUCUCUCUUUAACAGCUGAGAGCUCUGAGCCAAUGAGGUGCUGCCAUUCUGUUUCCAUAGCAAUAAAAUAAACAAACCUUCAGCUGCCAUCUUGCAAGGACAGACUUCACAACUCAAGGUCCAAGUCAAAGGAGUCUGAAUAGAAGGGUAACUUUCUCCUCUAUUUUGACUUUGAUUGCAAUAUUGAGAGACUCAAACUGGAUUGUCUUUAAAAGAAUGAAAAUUCACAUUCGUGCCAGCUCAGCCUUUUAAAAGCCUUUGAUUGGAUUCACUGUGAGGAGGUCUCUCUGCACUACACAUAGUGUGGAUUUUGUGCUUUAGUAUUUCAAUCAACUGGAAUGAUCCCUAAAAUCUUGCAUUCUGGAGCCUCUGGAUUUGGCCUACUCUGAUUUUGUGUUGAUGGGGAACAGUUUCUCUAUAACACUGUGAUUUCUUUAAAACACUUGGGAAGGAGCCACAUGGGAAAAACAAAUCUUUGGGCAGCCCGAGGUAAGCUCUUUGGAAGAGAUGUUUUACGUAUUUUUGUUUUCUGCAGGUUAAUACUAACCAGGGACCUCUUUGAAAGCUCAGCUGGCUCACUGGUGACUAUGGUGUCAUCAGCUGGCACAUUUAGACUACUAAGUCUCAGGUAAAAUCAGUUUGGAGAGAUGCAGGAAAGGAAAAGAAGAGGAAGAAACAAUACUUAAAAAAAGAAAAAGAUUAAACCCUAUGUUCUUAGGUUCUUAGAUAUAUAUAUACAAUGAAACAUCAAGUCACUAUGAAUGCAGUAGACCUGUGUUGAUAUGGAAAUAUCUAUAUAGAGAGACCUGUUGUGUGCCAUCGAGUUGAUUCUGACUCAUAGCAAGCAAUAUAUAUAUUUUUUAUAACUCAUAAAUAUAAAUUUUAUAAAUUAUAUAAUUUCUUUGAAUAUAUCUAAAGUAUGCUCUCAUUUGUGAAAAUUCUGUAAAUUUGUGUAAAAAAUUAUAUAUAAAAUCUUUAAAAGAAUUUACACAAAUGAGAGCAUACUUUACAUAUAUUCAUAGAAUAUUUGAUAUUCAUAAAACAUUUCUGAAAAGAUCCCCAAAACAACUGUUAACAGUAGCUCACUCUUGGGAGGGUAUUGGAAGUCAAGGGCUGAUGUUUAUUUAGCUAGUAUGCACAACUACUGAAAUGUUGAAAUACUACCAUCUGGUUGGUAAGUGACCAUUGCCCAAAGCCCUUUGAAUGUCCUCCCUGCCGCCUUGUUUGCCCCAACUCCCCCAGAACUCCCAGACCUUCUCAUGAUUCCAAACUCUGCAACUUGCUAUCUUGUGGCCUCUCCAAGCCUCAGUAUACUCAUCUGUAAAAUUUGGAUAAUAAUAAUUAUUUACUGUGAAACAGACAGCACUCAAUUAUGGCUAAUUUUAAAGUGCUUUCAAGUCAAAUCUACUGGGUGGCAAGGGGGGAGGUGUUACCCCAUAGGCAAGGCCUGCUCCAGAUCAACAACUUUCAGAAUCCGCAUCUGUGCUGUGGGCCUUCUCUGGGUUCUCUCCAAUUUGUCUCUAAGUAUUGCUGUUUUGUCUCUGAAUGGUCUAAACCUCUGCUGUUUCUCCAUUUUAGCAAGAACCUCCUGACCUAGCAGUCAAGACUGCCCCUGACCUUGAGCCAUGUACCCCAACCCUCUCAUCUACUGCACCUGCUGGGACCCCUGGAACUUGGGACCACGAAAGCUAAUCAAGACCCCUCGUCCACCAGGCAAAACCUCCACAGGGAAGCCCAAGCUAACUCCUCUUGUAUCAACUUUAAAAAAACACAGUUACUGCCAUCCAACAACAAGACCCCUUGUCCCAAACAAACCUUCCCCUUGCGGAGUGAAAAUCCAUUUUGGAAAAAAAGAAGAGACUACGAGAUUACCUUAUGAAGUGAUAAAUGUGUCACCUGGCUAUCGCCUCGUUCGGAAUAGGGAGCAGAUUUCUGUCACCUUGGGGGAUGAGAUGUUCGACAGAAAAAAGCAGUCAGAAUCAGAGAGCAUGAAGAAAGUAGAAACUUCCAGGACUAAUAUCAUUUCUGACCUAGAAGAGCAGAUCUCAGAGCUGACAGCAAUAAUUGAGCAAAUGAACAGAGACCACCAGUCUGCCCAAAAAUUGCUCUCCAAUGAAAUGGAAAUCCGGUGUGCUGAGAUGCAGCAGAACUUUGAAAGUAAGAACAGGGAGCUCAAAGAGGCUCAUGCAGCAGAGCUCAGUGAACUGGAGCAAAACUACAAAGCAACCUUGAAGGCAGAGAGGUUGGCUGCCCAGCAGAAGCUGGAGGAGAUGGGAAAGGAAUACAAAUAUUUGAAGAAUAUGUUUCAUAUGUAUCAGGACAGCAUUUCUGAUGAAAUGGAAGAUAAGUGGUCAAAGCGGAAGGCAGAAUGGGAAAAGGAUGAAAAGAUAGAGCGGGAAAAGAUCCUGCUACAGCAAAAGCAUAGGAUAACAAAAAAGUUGGAGUUAGAGUCAGAAGAAGAAAAGAGGAAAUUAAAUCAAUCCUACAGUGUUGUCUUUGAGAGUUUCAAUCAAGAAAAGGAGGAGCUCUUGAAACAACAUGAACUUGACACUUUGAAAUUAGAAGAGCUGGCAAAGUCCAAAGAGAUUGCAGAGGAAGAAUUGCAGGCACAAGCUGUUAUCCUAGAAUCACUUAACACAACCCUCUACCAAACCCAGAUGGAACUCCAGAAAGAGAAAGCUGCAGUGACGAAUCUGGAGAAAACACUCCAGACCAAGCUUGCUGAAGCUGAAGAAAAGUAUAAGUACACCAUACAGAUCCUGACACAAGAGAACAUGCGACUAAGGCAAAAAAUAAUCGCCAAGAAUGAAGAAAUUUUUGAAGGGCGAUCUGGGAGAUCAGCGUCUAUUACUAUUUAUGAAGAUUAUUCUGAUAUUUUAGAAGAUGGUAGCUAUUGCAACAAAAAACAAGAAUAAUAAACAAAAAGUUUUCUUUAUACCUGAAGACAGCAGGAAUACCAUCUCUGCAGGCCUAGAGAAGUCCUAUGAGAUUUUCUUGAGAAAUGCAAAUGAUUAGUUACUUCUUGGGUUGCCUUGGUUCAUUUUUAUCUUCUCACAACUUACUUCCCUCUCAGUGGUUGGGAGCGUUUGAAUUCUCAUCUCCAUUGUGUGGUUUUUCAUGAGUCUGUCAUAAAGGAUGUUCUCUACACCUGGAGCUGAGCUUUCUCUGGGCAUUGUACUAUUUUCUCUUCUGCCUUCACAGAACGACACUGAUCUGAAGUCCUUCUUCCUAUUAAACACUGACUGUAUUUUGGGAUGUGCCUCCCCCCUCCCCCCCCCCCACCCCGGAGUAUUUAGUUGGCAAGAAAGAUAAUUUAUAGAUUUGAUUACAGAAACUUUUUCUUUCAGACAUGUGCCCUGAUCUGCCACUUCUCAAUCAGAUCAGACUUGGGAAGAGUUUCUGAUGAUUUCUACCACCUUCUCUAAAACAUCACCAGAAUUCAGCUGUCCACAGGGCAGGGAACAGAAACAAGGGUUGGACAUAAAGAACAGCAAGUGCGUAAACACAGCACUAAAUGGUAAUUGGGCUCAAUGGAGGGAAUUUUGUAGGGGGGUGGUAAGAAGAGGAGAAAAAUGGGUGAACGGCAGGGUGCAUGCCCCACCUGAAGGAGGCACUUCUCAGAUCCUUUUGAUUGCUAUCCUACAGGAGUACCGGGUCACGGUUAUUAGAUACUGAGUUUUCAAAAGAAAGUAUUCUGGUUUUUAUGUGGCAUCUUCCAAUAUUUACAUGUUGGUAACUAAUUAAAAAAAAAAAUUGUUCGAGCCAACAUUGGAGUGGGGACGGGGGGAGUCAAGGGAGAUGAAGAUCUCCGUUGUCAUCAAGUGGAUUCUGACUCAUGGUGGCCCCAUUUGUACCAGAACAGGACUGUGCUCCACAGAGUUUUCAAUGGCUGGUUUUUCAGAAGUAGAUUGCCAGGCCUUUCUUUCGAGGUGCCUGUGGGUUAACCCAGGGACCCAACAUUGGGGAGGCCCAAGUAAAAUAUGUGAGUCAAUCAUUUUCCACCUGUGUGACGGCAUUGGCAAAAAAAUCAAAGCAAACACACACACAACAAAUUUCAAGGAAUAGUAAAAUAAAAUCCUAUUUUAUUCUAUUAAAAACUAUUUUUGAAAAACUAACUUAAAAAAAUUACUUCUUAAAGAUAACACUUAAUAUUUAAAAUGAACGGAAAACCAAGCAAAUGCAAAUGCAGGAAAGAAGCCAGCAUCACUUGCGAAAAGCAAAUUGUGUUGAGCAGAAGCAUGGGUGUAUUAGAACGGCGACAGGAGAAGAGGCUGAAAAAGUAGUGUGGGGAAAGAUUAUAAGCAACUUAUAAAAUAAUUUUAAUUUUAGCAACUUUUUCUCAAAGAUGAACAUUUUCAAAUUCACAUUAAAAAAAAUUAUUGAAAGUAGUGUGGAGAAUGGCUUGGAAGGAGAGAGAAUGGAAAUACAAAAAAUGAAGUUAAUAUUGCCUUAGCUUCUGCCCCUUUGAAAAUGAGAUCAAUGAUAUCCUUUUGAGCAGUAAAAGCAAGAGGAUCAUCCCCAGGUCUUGUGAAACCUAAGCCUCAACAGAGGUGUGGUAUCUUUCAUCACAAAAACACUGGAUCUCUUUCCCCUUGCUCAGGAGAGGAGUCAAGGAAAGAAGACGCACUUAUUUCUGAUGCUGUUUGUGCCCUCAACAGCAGGGGUCAGGGUGGGCGUGGGAGCAUUACUCACUGAACCUCAACACCUGAGUUUUUUUUUUUUUUAAUGCUGUUGGAUAACAAAAAUCUACAUAAGUGGCCUUUGAGAGAGUACUGCUGUCAUUUCCCCCGAUAUGAAUUCUACCUCAUAGAAUCUAUGCCUCAGCAGCUGACAGGCAAGUCUGACAAAUCACCUGAGGCCUGCUUCAUAGUGGGAAAUGGCUUUCACUCCUUCCUUCUCUUCUCGUGCCUUAUAAAGGCUCCAGGCUGCUAGUUACACCAUGUUCAAAGUAAAAGGUCUGGAAUGCUGCUCUUAAGUUCUUGUUUUUGCUUUUUUAACAAAAUGCUUAACUAUUUAAAGGGAAUAUGAAUUUAAGUGGUUCUCUGUAAAGAAACAUUCUGCCAGUGUUUUUGAACCUUUAUGAUAUGUUGUUACUUUUAAGCUUAAUAUACUUUUUCCAUCUACUAUAAAUUUUUAAAAUUUUUUCACUAAUUAAAAAUGCAAUGAAGAUAAUGGCUGUGGCUAUAAAUGUGUGGUACUGACUGCUGUUACUGCAAAGGCAGAGACGGGCUUGACUUCACGGGACCGUUAGGAGAAUGUCCUGACUCCUAUUCUCUCCCCUUCCUGCCAUUAAAAAAAAAAAAAAGUGCAAAAUAGCAAUACUGUAUUAAAUUAAGCAAAAUAA